AUGACCAUCGACGUUGAGAGGCGCAUUCGUAAUGCAGGUGCAUUCGAGCAAUACCAUAUCACCCGGGCAACCUUGCAGCUAGAUUCAUGCGUCAUUUCUGCAGCCCAGUACAGUCAUGCUGGAGGCGUUUCGCUGUCUAAGCAGGUGCUGUUUCCAGCGCUACGCCUACUUGUCCAGACGCAUGGUGCUCUGGGAGUUCAUAUUGUGGAUCGAGAUGCUAUUCAGCCAGUAUUUUCUCGGCUACGCAGCGUCAACCUCGUUGAAGUUGUGGAAUAUGUACAUGGUACUACCAUUGACGAGGUAUUGGAGGCCCAGUUCUUGAAGCCAUUCGAUACGACAUCCGAAACGCCACUCUGGCGUUUGGUAAUUCUGGAGGAGAAGAUUGUGGUGUUGGCUUGGCACCAUUGCAUCGGUGAUGGUUUAAGCGGGGUUGCGUUCCACCGAACCCUUCUCAAAUCCCUUCAGCAGACCCAGCCUCAGGACAUUGACAGCGUCGUCGAAGUUCCCCUCACUGCCAAGUUCUCACCCAGCAUCGAAAGCGUCGUGAACGUUUCCCCUCCACUCUCAAAUAUUAUUCGGGAAAUACUCAAUCUUCUAUUACCAACGUCUUGGACCCCACGUGCUACUGCUUGGACCGGGAAUCCUGUUGGACAUACUCCCCACACCGCCACUCGCGUUAGAAUCAUGCAGUUCUCCGCUUUAGAUGUGGCACGUUUCCACGAGGAGUGUCGCUCUCACAAGGCUACUGUCACCUCUACCUUAUAUGCCCUUGCCAUCUCAGUACUUUCCCAAACCAUCCGAGACAUGGAGCCUUCUGCAAAAUACAAAACGAUAGCGGCGUCCAUCCCCAUUUCACUGCGUAGCCUAUCGGGUACUUCCGAAGAGGAUAUGUGCGAGCAUGUGUCGACCCAUCACACUUAUCCCGCAUUCCAGCCUGAAUUUUCAUGGCGUUUGGCCUCUACAUAUGCUUCUACUCUUCAUGAACAGAAGACCGCGUCACCACCUGCCAGUCGGCAUGCUGAAAUAUCUGUUCGGUCGCUUUGUACCUUACUUUCACCGGGAAGUUUGAUGCUAAGAGAGAACAAGGGCUGGAAGUUUCCAACGUCGGGCGAAUCGUCACGCGUGGUGAAUAAUGCGUGGUCUAUCGACGACAUGUGGUUCGCCCAGUGCGAUUCGUACGUUGGGUCUGCUCUCAAACUUAACGUAGUGGGACCUCCGUCUGGAAGCCUGACUAUCAUUGUUACCGGAGGACGAGAUGCUACAGAAGAUACUUUCGUCGAUGCUUUUGUUUCUUUGUUUGAAGCGCGAUUCGCAAAUAUUGUGAAAUCUGAGGCAGAAGUAUGA